GUGUGGAAGCAAAGCCCUUUGGUUACUUUCAUGUCGUCCAGUAACGAUACUGUUGUAGAGCGAGUGGAACAAAAACUUCGCGAGGCUCUAAGUCCAAAAUUUCUUCAAGUAACCCCUGCUUUUGACGAUCCAAACGGAAGCCACGUCAGUAUUCGAGUGGUUUCCGAAAAAUUUGAAAAUCUAACAUCCCUCAAACGUCAUCAACUGGUGUACAAAGCAAUAUGGGAUGAGCUACAGGGUCCUGUUCACGCAGUCGACAGCAUUGACGCAAAAACUCCUAAAGAAGUAGAGCAACCGUGAACAAUAUAAAGCUGCCAACAAUUGCUGCUACUAGUUUCGAG